CAGCACACCAGCCUCCCAGAAGUAGUGAUACCCUUACGGGUCACAGGCAACAGACCAAUGUGGGCUAUGGGAUGGCUGACCUAUAGCCUGCGAUUUGGGGGCCAGAAACAUUUUAUUCACAUAAAGGCCAAGAAGUUCUUGGUUUCUAGACUCUUCUCUGUAUUCACCUACACUAAGCAAGGUGCUCUGCACAAGGACCAGCCUUAUGUCCAGAAUGAUUGCUACUACCAUGGUUAUAUGGAUGGAGACCCAGAGUCUAUGGUUGCCUUUACUACCUGUUAUGGAGGCUUUCAAGGAAUAUUACAGAUAAAUGGAACAGUCUAUGAAAUCAAGCCCAAGAACCUUUCUUCCACCUUUGAACAUUUGGUUCACAAGAUGGACAGUGAGGAGACAGAAUUACUCCCCAUGAGAUGUGCAUUGACAGAAGAAGAGAUAGCACGGCAAAUGAAACUUCAGCAGAAUGAGAACACCACUCUGAUGCAAAGCCACUAUGAAGGAUGGUGGACCCAUAGGAGUUUUCUUGACCUGGCAUUGGUUGUUGAACGUGAACGAGUUCGUUAUCAUAACAAUAACACAUCACGUGUCUUAGUGGAAGUAUUCACCAUUGUCAAUAUAAUAAAUAAUAUUUAUCAGACACUGGAUGUUGAGCUAGUUUUACUUGGAGUUGAGAUGUGGAAUGAAAGAAACCACGUGCAGGUACGUAGCAUAGAAGAUGUCCUAGAUGACUUUUGUAUUUGGAAGGCUCUCAGCCUUAAUUUUCGAAUUCCAAAUGACAUUGCACAUAUUUUUGUGAAUCAUGAGUUUGGUACUUCCCUUGGUUUAGCCUAUGUUGGAAGUGUCUGUGAGCCAUCUUAUAACUGUGGAGUUGAUCGUCUGUUAGGAGGUAAUCUUUUUUAUUUUGGACAAAUUAUAGCACAUGAGAUUGGUCAUAAUCUGGGUAUGGAGCAUGAUAGCAGCUCAUGUACAUGUGGAAGAAAUGUUUGCUUAAUGGCUCCAGCAGACAAUGGUGUCCCGAAGUUCAGUAACUGUAGUUAUUCUUACUUCUGGACUAUGUACGCUACUGCCAAGUGUAUGCGCAAGGAAAAGAAGUCAAAAAGCAAACUCAGAGGCAAGCAAUGUGGGGAUGGAGUGGUUGACGAUGGAGAACAGUGUGAUUGUGGAUCUGCAAAAAGCUGUGCAGACGAUCCAUGUUGUAAGCCCAGCUGCACCCUCAAAGAUGGCGCUGCCUGUGCUUUUGGGCUUUGCUGCUUAUAUUGCCAGAUCAGGCCAGCAGGCACAGUUUGCCGACAAGAGGACAAUGAA